CUCAACAUCUCCAUUUACAUCUGUGAUAUUUCUUUUCUUUCUUAAUUUAACUGUAAUUAAAUACUUGUUGUCCUUGUUGUUUGAACACCGUUUUAUUAUUGUCAUCAGUCGUCUCCUUAGACGCCUUGUCUUGUCUGUGGAGUGAGGCCAGGACCCUUUCUUUUGCCUCUAAUUAACAGCUCGUGCUAAAUUAUCUUUCUCUUGUUUUCGGGCUAAAGUUAACGUUAAAAGUCCACUUUUAAGGCCCUCCACACGAAAAGUUCAUCUCUCGAUCUCACGUUGCCGAGAUGGACAGAAAACAGAGGCCUAUAACGAUUUCUUCUUAGAUGGCUUUUCGCUUCGGCUCCCCAGAGCACGACGUGCUUCUGCUGAGAGAGGUCGUGCAAUUGAAGCCCUUUUUGAGGCCGAUAGGAAGCCAGGAAGGUGCAUGGCGGGAUGUUGCCGUCUCUCUCAACCACUUGGGAAUGGCUGCAAAUCCUCGAACGUGCCGAGAUCGAACGAAAAAGCUGCUAAAUAACGAAAUGAACGAAGCGAACGUCGAAAGGCAGAGGUUACUGCAGGAAGUGAUGAAAGACUUCCAGGGAGCUGACGCAUCACACGGGAAGAAGGCGGGAAAGCGUUCCAGAGAGGCCAGUCGCAGGGCUCCCAACAGAACGAUGCGGUCGAUUCCAUUACCUAUGGGAGCUAACGCUUUGGAUACGGAUGACUCGACCCUGGGAUCUCCACCCCCGGCGAAGAGGCAUGCCGAUGCCGAAUACAGAGAGGAAAAGAAGCGGGAAGAGUUUCUUUCUUUGGCCGUGAUGCGCGAGCUACUCACGGCCGAGAGAAAAGAGAGAGAACGGAAAGAAGCACUCGAUCGCGAGGAGAGAGCAGCAAGAGCGAUUGCUGAUCGGGAAGACAAGCACGAGAUGAUGGAGAUGAUGAAGAUGAUGAAGAAACUCUUCCAGACAGUACAUGCUAUCGUCACAGUAGAGAGUAAAGGCAUGCGACCCCGUUGGGGGAGGGAGGGGGGAGGGGGUGAUUGA